UGACGUCGUUUCCUUCCAACAUGGCGCAGGCAGGUCGCUGAUGGAAAACUGAGGGAUUUACCCCACCUUCUGGGUUUAUUUAUGUUUGUCUAUCAAGGCCAGAAUCGGUGUAGUUUUUAAAGGAAUACAUACAUUUGAAGAGUAUUUCGCCUUUGGGACAGGUCUUCCUCGCCCCAUUUGCAGCGCGUCAUGUAUGAAGGCAAAAAAACGAAAAACAUGUUUUUAACCCGAGCUUUGGAAAAGAUCUUGGCCGACAAGGAGGUUAAAAAGGCUCACCAUUCUCAACUGCGCAAAGCUUGUGAGGUGGCAUUGGAGGAGAUCAAGGCAGAGUCGGAGAAGUUAAGUCCGCCCACGGGAGACAGCAAAUCAGGUUCCAGCACUCUGCCGCCAAUCAAAUCAAAGACCAACUUCAUCGAGGCAGAUAAGUACUUCUUGCCGUUUGAGUUGGCCUGUCAGUCCAAAUGUCCACGCAUCGUAAGCACAUCACUAGACUGUUUACAGAAAUUAAUUGCAUAUGGCCACCUGACGGGGAGCGCCCCAGACAACACCACCCCGGGCAAGAAGCUCAUCGACAGGAUAAUCGAGACCAUAUGCGGCUGCUUCCAGGGCCCCCAGACGGACGAGGGCGUACAGCUCCAGAUCAUUAAGGCCUUGCUCACAGCAGUAACGUCCCAGAAUAUCGAGAUCCACGAGGGGACCGUCCUCCAGGCAGUGCGGACAUGCUACAACAUCUACCUGGCCAGCAAGAACCUCAUCAACCAGACCACGGCCAAGGCCACGCUCACCCAAAUGCUGAAUGUCAUCUUCGCCCGCAUGGAGAACCAAGCACUUACAAAUCACAAGAUUACUUGGGCUAUGGCUUCCAGAAAGCGUGAUCGUCAGCUCCAGGAGGCGAAGCAGAUGGAGCGCGAGCGGCACCGGCAGCACUCCCCCCUCAGUCAGCAGGAGCCGGACUCUCCCCAGCAGCCCCAACCCCAGACCCCCCAGACCCCCCAGACCCCGCAGACCCCUCAGACGCCCCAGACGCCCCAGACCCCUCAUGGGGCUGUACUAACCUUCAGUGCAGCACAGAACAGCAUGGACGCUGUUGUGGAAGAAGGGACUCCGAACUAUGAAGAAAAGGCCCAGGAGAUUGUUCAGAGCAUCCUGCAGGAAGUGGUCAACACAGUGGCAGGAAGGCACUGCCUGGACCCUGUUCAUCUGUGUUCAGAUGCCAAGGAUGGGGGCGGCGAGGCCGAGCCUGAGGUCGAAGCCGAGCCUGAGGUCGGCCGAGGUCGGCCGAGCCUGAGGUCCUCUAACGACACUCAGGAAUCGGGAACUACAGGGCCUGCACCUGGUGCCAAGUUCUCCCACAUUCUGCAAAAGGAUGCCUUCUUAGUUUUCCGCUCUCUCUGCAAGCUGUCUAUGAAGCCCCUCUCCGAUGGUCCCCCAGAUCCAAAGUCCCACGAGCUGCGGUCGAAGGUGCUGUCGCUGCAGCUGCUGCUGUCCAUCCUGCAGAACGCCGGGCCCAUCUUCAAGACCAACGAGAUGUUCAUCAACGCCAUCAAGCAGUACCUGUGCGUGGCGCUCUCCAAGAACGGCGUCUCGGCCGUGCCCGAGGUCUUCGAGCUCUCGCUCUCCAUCUUCCUCACGCUGCUGUCCAACUUCAAGACCCAUCUCAAGAUGCAAAUUGAGGUGUUUUUCAAGGAGAUUUUUCUGUACAUUCUUGAGACGUCCACUAGCUCCUAUGACCAUAAGUGGAUGGUCAUUCAGACUCUUACCAGGAUAUGUGCCGAUGCCCAGAGUGUGGUGGACAUUUAUGUGAACUAUGAUUGUGAUUUGAAUGCUGCUAAUAUUUUCGAAAGGCUCGUCAAUGACCUUUCCAAGAUUGCACAGGGACGUGCAGGCCAUGAGCUUGGCACGACCCCCGUACAGGAGCUGACCCUGAGAAAGAAGGGGCUGGAAUGUCUGGUGUCCAUCCUCAAGUGCAUGGUGGAGUGGAGCAAAGAUCAAUACGUCAACCCCAACUCCCAGACCAGCCUGGGUCAAGAGAAGCCUUCAGAGCUGGACACAAAUGACAGCAAGCACCCGGAGACUAUUAACCGCUAUGGCAGCAUUAACUCUCUGGACUCGACGGCCUCCUCGGGCAUCGGGAGCUAUAGCACACAGAUGUCCGGCACCGACAACCCCGAGCAGUUUGAGGUCCUCAAGCAGCAGAAGGAGAUCAUAGAGCAGGGCAUUGACCUGUUCAACAAGAAACCAAAGAGGGGCAUCCAGUACCUGCAGGAGCAAGGCAUGCUGGGAACCACUCCGGAGGACCUUGCCCAGUUUUUACACCAAGAGGACAGGCUUGAUUCUACUCAGGUGGGAGAGUUUCUGGGGGACAACGAUCGCUUUAACAAAGAGGUCAUGUACGCCUACGUGGACCAGAUGGACUUCCAGGGCAAGGACUUUGUGUCGGCGCUCCGUUUGUUCCUCGAGGGCUUCCGUCUCCCUGGGGAGGCCCAGAAGAUUGAUCGGCUGAUGGAGAAGUUCGCUGCUAGAUACUUAGAAUGCAACCAGGGACAAACCCUGUUUGCGAGUGCAGACACUGCAUACGUCCUGGCCUACUCAAUCAUCAUGUUGACCACAGACCUCCACAGCCCACAGGUAAAAAAUAAAAUGACAAAGGAGCAGUACAUCAAGAUGAACAGAGGGAUUAACGACAGUAAAGACCUCCCAGAGGAGUAUCUGUCAGCCAUCUACGACGAGAUUGCCGGCAAGAAGAUUUCUAUGAAGGAGACAAAGGAAUUAACCAUCAAAUCUAAUAAACAGAGUGUGGCCAGUGAGAAGCAGAGGCGGCUGCUGUAUAACGUGGAGAUGGAGCAGAUGGCCAAGACGGCCAAAGCCCUGAUGGAGGCGGUCAGUCAUGUCCAGGCCCCCUUCACUAGCGCCACACACCUGGAGCACGUCAGGCCCAUGUUUAAGCUGGCAUGGACGCCCUUCCUGGCGGCCUUCAGCGUGGGCCUGCAGGACUGUGAUGACACCGAGGUGGCCUCGCUCUGUCUGGAGGGCAUCCGCUGUGCCAUCAGGAUAGCCUGCAUCUUCACCAUCCAGCUGGAGCGGGAUGCGUAUGUCCAGGCUCUUGCUCGCUUCACCCUGCUGACCGCCAGCUCGGGCAUCACUGAGAUGAAGCAGAAGAACAUCGACACCAUCAAGACCCUCAUCACCGUCGCCCACACAGACGGAAACUACCUGGGCAACUCAUGGCUUGAGAUCCUGAAGUGCAUCAGUCAGCUGGAGCUGGCACAGCUCAUCGGUACUGGGGUAAAGGCCCGCUACAUCUCAGGAACGGUGCGCAGCAAAGACGGCUUCAUCACCAGCACCAAGGAGCAGAACUCCGACGAGUACCUGGGGCUGGUGGGGGGGACUGUGGAUCGUAAGCAGAUCGCCAGCAUCCAGGAGUCCAUCGGCGAGACCAGCUCACAGAGUGUGGUGGUGGCUGUGGACAGGAUAUUUACAGGCUCCACCAGACUGGAUGGCAAUGCAAUUGUUGACUUUGUGCGCUGGCUGUGUGCCGUGUCCAUGGACGAGUUGGCCUCGCCUACACACCCGCGCAUGUUCAGCCUGCAGAAGAUCGUGGAGAUCUCCUACUACAACAUGGGCCGCAUCCGCCUGCAGUGGUCCCGCAUCUGGGAGGUCAUCGGGGACCAUUUCAACAAGGUCGGUUGCAAUCCUAACGAGGACGUGGCCAUCUUCGCCGUGGACUCUCUGCGGCAGCUGUCCAUGAAGUUCCUGGAGAAGGGGGAGCUGGCCAACUUCCGUUUCCAGAAGGACUUCCUGCGGCCGUUUGAGCACAUCAUGAAGAAGAACAGAUCUCCCACCAUCAGGGACAUGGUGGUCCGCUGCAUCGCUCAGAUGGUCAACUCUCAGGCCGGCAACAUCCGCUCCGGCUGGAAGAACAUCUUCUCAGUGUUCCAUCUAGCGGCGUCUGACCAGGACGAGAGCAUCGUGGAGCUGGCCUUCCAGACCACUGGACACAUCGUCACGAAUGUAUUUGAGAAGCACUUCCUGGCCACCAUUGACUCCUUUCAGGAUGCGGUCAAGUGCCUGUCCGAGUUUGCCUGCAAUGCCUCCUUUCCUGACACAAGCAUGGAAGCUAUCCGCCUCAUCCGACACUGCGCCAAAUAUGUGUCCGACCGGCCACAGUCGUUCAAAGACUACACCAGUGAUGACAUGAGUGUGGCCCCUGAGGACCGUGUGUGGGUGCGGGGCUGGUUCCCCAUCCUCUUUGAGCUCUCCUGCAUCAUCAACAGGUGCAAGCUGGACGUCAGGACAAGGGGCCUGACGGUGAUGUUUGAGAUCAUGAAGACCUACGGACACACCUUCGAGAAGCACUGGUGGCAGGACCUGUUCCGGAUCGUCUUCAGAAUCUUCGACAACAUGAAGCUGCCUGAGCAGCAGACAGAGAAAGCAGAAUGGAUGACCACAACCUGCAACCAUGCACUUUAUGCCAUUUCCGACGUGUUCACACAGUACUUUGAGUCCCUCAGUGACGUCCUGCUGGAUGAUAUCCUCGCCCAGCUUUAUUGGUGUGUCCAGCAAGAUAAUGAGCAGCUGGCCAGAUCGGGCACCAACUGUCUGGAGAACGUGGUCAUUCUGAACGGGGAGAAGUUCAGUCCAGAGACCUGGGACAAGACCUGCAACUGCAUGCUGGACAUCUUCAAGACCACCAUCCCUCACGCGCUCUUAACAUGGAGGCCGGAAGGUGAUAUCACACAUAUGGACUCAGACAAGCAGCUGGACUCAAUUUCCCAGAAGUCAAUAGACAUCCAGGCACGCACAGAAGAUCAGCAGUCCAUCAACAGCAUGGAGAAGGUCCCUAUGGACAACCGGAGACAGUCUCAGUUCAGCACAGUCUCGGGCAUGAAUGAGGACGGCCCCAGAGCAAGGACCCCUACAAAGAUCCUGGAGCAGAGGUUGUUCGCUGCCCUCCUCAUCAAAUGUGUGGUCCAGUUGGAGCUCAUUCAGACCAUAGACAACAUCGUCUUCUUCCCUGCCACCAGUAGGAAGGAGGACGCUGAGAACUUUGCCGCUGCUCAGAGGGACGCGCUGGACGCAGACGUGCCCGUGGAGAGGCAGGACCAGGGCAUGUACCGCUACCUGACCUCCGCACAGCUCUUCAAGCUGCUCGACUGCCUGCUGGAGUCGCAUCGCUUUGCCAAGGCCUUCAACUCCAACAACGAGCAGAGGACCGCACUCUGGAAGGCCGGUUUCAAGGGGAAGUCCAAGCCCAACCUGCUGAAGCAGGAGACCAGCAGCCUGGCGUGUGGUCUGCGCAUCCUCUUCCGCAUGUACACCGACCCCUCACGCCAGGACGCCUGGGAGGAGGUGCAGCAGCGCCUGCUCAAUGUGUGCAGUGACGCCGUGGCCUACUUCCUCACCCUGACCUCGGAGAGUCACCGGGAGGCCUGGACCAACCUGCUGCUCCUCUUCCUCACCAAGGUCCUGAAGAUCAGCGACGACAGGUUCAAAGCCCAUGCCAGUCGGUACUACCCCCUGCUGUGUGAGAUCAUGCAGUUUGACCUGAUUCCAGAGCUCAGGGCUGUUCUGCGGAAGUUCUUCUUGAGAAUUGGGAUGGUGUUCCAAAUCGCCCAGCUGCCUGCAGCUGAGCAGGGAGCUUCUGAGGACGCCACCCAGGAGGUCUAGAACCUUCCAUGGGCAUUAAGACGAGCUCCCCCUUUCUCCCCCAGAAAGUCCCUCACAGACAACCCAUCAUAAACCAAACCACAACCCACUUCUAUUUACCCGUCCAAAUGGUUCUUGUCUUUUUUCUCCCCCCCCCCCCCCCC